AGCCAGCAUCCUUGUUGGGAACGGGGAUAGAUCAGGCAGGCAGUGGCAUUUAUCAGUUCCAUUUAAGCUUAAUAAGAUCAUGAAAAUGUGCCGAUGGCAGGAUCUGUAAUGCAGCCUGAGGAGGAAUUUAACUGAUUAAGAAGGCAGACAGACAGAGAUUCCGCUGAGUGUAUCAUCUGAUUUUGGUUUUCUGAAGACCGAUUUUCGUCUGCACCACUUACCCAAGACUAUAUCCCCCCCCCCCCCCCACCCCCGCCUGACAAUGGAGUUUGGGGAAAGGAAGAGGAGAAGGAAGUCACAGAGCUUUAAACUGGUCACGGAUGAAGCAGGCAGUGCCCCUUCAAUAAUGAUGAAUUCCAACUGCAAAGAUGUCAAUGGAGAGUCUAAGGAUGCUGCUGUGAAUGAUGUGUGGCGUAAGGAUAAAGGAGUGGAAAUCAAGAGGCAAAUCACAGGAAUGAUGAGGCUCCUGAGUGACAAGACAGGCAGGGUGUAUCAGCGUGUGGUGACGGAGCAGGACAGCUUAACAAAGGAGCCCCAGGAUAGAAAUCUUACUUGGGCACAUCAGCUUGCACCUUCAUCUCUUGUAUCAGAGGACCACCAGAGCAACAGCUGGAACUCUGCGGGGGACCCAACUCCUCCACCUUCAUCCAUUUCCACCUCCAUCAUCAACGGUCCAGGCUGUGGGCAGUACAGCACCUGCUCCAAGGCCCUGAGGAACCUGAACACUACCAAGGAUCUGAUCAAAACAAAUGAAGCUAACGCAGAUGUAAUCCCUCCUGCUGCGCCAGAGACCCCCUGCUGUAAGUGUAACUGUAAGGGCACCUUGCAGGCUAUUUUGCAGGAAAUGCGUGCCAUGAGGAGGCUGAUGCAGACUCAAAAAGGAUCCUUGGAAAGACAGGAAGAGGCAGCAUCACCAUGCCAACCUCGUCUGGUACCAGGCCCUGCUCCUCGCUGUAGGCCGCGCAAGAGAAGGCCAAUCUAUAAAGUGGCACCACUUACUGUGUCUAGUACUAGGAGAGCGGCUCUUGCCCCUCUCGAGGCUUCACCACUUAUAGCUGCACCUGCAGAAUCUGGAAAGAGGGAGGAAUGUGAGAAAGAGCAAGGCUCAUCUACACCAAACAGCCAUCCCACAUUCUCUGCUCUUUCUGUACUGCCACUUCAAAACAACCCAGUUAUUGUCAACAACAGACACAAUACUCUCCUGAACAAACUCAGGGAGCCUCACUUGUUAGAGUCCGAGGUGCGUCUUGCGGAGGAUUAUGACGUGUAUAUCUCAAAGGCUCAGCUUGACUCCAUUCUGGUCAACUAUACACGCUCUGGCAGCCUGCUGUUCCGGAAACUGGUGUGUGCCUUCUUUGACGAUACUACGCUGGCUAACUCCUUGCCAAAUGGUAAAAGGAAGAGAGGGCUCAAUGAUAACCGUAAGGGCUUGGACCAGAACAUUGUGGGCGCCAUUAAAGUGUUUACAGAGAAAUACUGCACAGAACACAGAAUAGAAAAGUUGCCCGGUCCACGAGACUGGGUUCAGAUCCUUCAAGAUCAGAUCAAACUUGCCAGGAGGAGGCUGAAGAGAGAUGCAGCAGAAGCAGAAGAAAUCUUAAAUGGAUCUUCCACAUGCUGUGACUAUAACAAGCCCGCAAGUGUUGAGGGGCCAGUGGUGGACAUGACUGGUUGAUGUAAGGGCUGCCACAAUGGCCUUACAGAAGAUUUGUUGAAUGUCUUUAUUACUUAUCUACCUUGAUGCAUUUUGCAACUUUAGAUAUUUUCUUUGCAACUGCUGUAUGGAUGUAAAGGGGAAAGAGACAAAAGGACCAAAAUAACACAUGCAAGAUUAUUUAAAAGGACUCUCCCUCCCUCCCUCCCUCACACACACACACACACACACACACACACACACACACACACACACACACACACACACACACACACACACACACACACACACACACACACACACACACACACACACACACACACACACACACACACACACACACACACACACACACACACACACACAAUCCAGGAUUGUGGGCCAAUAUACACCGAACUAUACGAUUGUUAAAACAUUUCCUAUCAUUUUCAUGUUUAGAAGUGACUUGAUGUUUUCAUUACAGGCUACAGCUUUUACGUAGUUCUCAUAUGUCAUUAAUAGUAGUCACACGUUUAAAACCAAACGAAGAAGGCCAAUUGUAACCGUAUAAUUAAUAUGCACAAAUUAUUUGUUAUGGGAAGUUUUCCAUUGUGGAUUGUGCCUUAAGUGACUAGUACUUCACUUGGUGUUAUGUGCAGUGAAGUGUCAACAUUAAUUACAAACAUACAUCCAAAGAUAUAUGUAAUGGGCAAUUUUGCAAAUUAAAAAUAAGUUGGUAAGCUAGAACUGGUUGAAAAUAUUAAAUGUAUAAUAUUAUAUGAAUAGUAUUAUUAUUGUAUUUUCAUUAUUAUAAUUGUUAGGCUAUGCCUAUAUAUAUAUAUAUAUAUAUAUAUUGUGCUUGUUGUUAAUAUUGUAAUGAAGUAACAAUUGUAUUUCAUUUUCAAUCACUGUGCAUAUUAAAUUAAUAGUUGUUUCCAACAUUAAAUGUUUC